AUGGGGUCCGAUCCCGACAAGAUCGGUCUUGAUUUCAAUGCCGCCUCCAACCCUGAGUCCCUCCGAUUCCUGGACUCCGUCGACAGUUCGGCGAGCUCCCCUGUUCGCGAAGACUCGGACCCUACAGAAGAUGCCAUCUUGCCCCGCGAUCAACAGCAGAAGACAGCGACCUACGAUUAUGCCUACGAGAAGUCUAUGAGUCACGCCGAAGCCAAGCUCUUCUACCAGCACCACCAGCUGUCCACGAAGAGCGGCGACAACACCCUGCCGUCUAGUCCGGCGACCGUUGCGCGUUCAGCCACUGAUCACGAGGAGAGGGCGAUGAAUGCGGACCUGAGCCCCCGGCAACAGAACCAGACAGCUCGCAAGAGUUCCGUGACGACCAAUCCCGAAUGGAACUUGGGACCAUCUUCUUAUCAUGGAGCCGAUGGGAUGCACCAGAUCCAGGACAGCCACGGCCAUCUGGCCGAUCACACUGCGAGGGCCUGUGCUGUUUCUUUGGGAGCUGAUCAAGCUGCCCAGACGAACCAGGGACCGUAUAUGUCGACAAAUGAGAGUCUUCAGAGCACUGGUCUAGGCAUUGGCAUGUCCCAGGGAGCAGGGUUUGCGCCAGGUGGAGAUGCUGUGACAUCGGAGUUGAGGGCCAUCUACCGCAAGAUCAAGGGUCUCCUGGAUAGCCGAUCAAAGUACAUGGCGCUGUCAUUGCAACGACCGGGAGAUGAUCCGCGCGACCAUGCUGGUUGGGAUGUUUACCCCCCGCCUCCUGAGCCAGCCUGGGAUGAAGGCAAAGAAUACCAGCCUGGCAGCGUCGGAGGACCGUCCGAUGUGGUGUCGGAGAAGAAGCGAAAGAUGGGAGAGGACAUCGGCGAAGAUUUCGACAUGGCCGAGGUACAACUCCCCGGCGAGUCUUCUUACAUUUACCGAUUCGAUCGCAACAGUGUCUACCAAGUGUACGAGUCGGAGGCCGCCGCGGACCGGAAUGAGCCAUUAGUUGAUAUCCCUUCACUGCGUGACUUUUACAUGGACUUGGAUGCCGUGGUGGAUGUUUCCACCGACGGUCCAACCAAGAGCUUUGCUUUCAAGCGCCUUUCCUACCUAGAAGGCAAGUUCCAACUGUAUGCGCUGCUGAAUGAAUAUCAGGAAAUCGCCGACAGCAAGAAAGUCCCGCAUCGCGAUUUCUACAACGUGCGUAAAGUGGACACUCACGUUCACCAUUCAGCAUGCAUGAAUCAGAAACAUCUGCUCCGUUUCAUCAAGAGUAAGAUGAGAAAGUCACCCGACGAGGUGGUUCUCUUCCGUGAUGGAAAGCAUCUCACUCUGAGGGAGGUCUUUGAGAGUAUCAACCUUACUGCCUACGACCUUAGCAUUGAUACCUUGGAUAUGCACGCCCACACGGACUCUUUCCAUCGGUUCGACAAAUUCAACUUGAAGUACAACCCGGUCGGAGAGUCCCGCCUCCGUGAGAUUUUCUUGAAGACAGAUAACUACAUCAAGGGCCGUUAUCUGGCCGAGAUCACCAAGGAAGUCAUCUCCGAUUUGGAAUCCAGCAAGUACCAAAUGGUUGAGUGGCGAAUCUCGAUAUACGGACGAUCCAUGCAGGAAUGGGAUAAAUUGGCCGCCUGGGUGGUAGACAACAAGUUGUUCUCUCCCAAUGUUCGCUGGCUGAUCCAAGUGCCACGUCUGUACGACGUGUAUAAAUCGAGUGGAAUGAUGGAGAACUUUGAACAGGUCAUCACGAACGUUUUCCAGCCUUUGUUCGAAGUCACCAGGGACCCUUCAAGCCACCCUAAACUUCACAUCUUCCUUCAGCGCGUUGUUGGGUUCGACAGUGUCGACGACGAGAGCAAGGCUGAGCGUCGACUUUACCGCAAGUAUCCGAUCCCGCGAGAAUGGAACACCAAGCAGAACCCGCCUUACAGCUACUGGCUCUACUUCAUGUUCGCCAACAUCGCCUCUCUUAACCAAUGGCGUCAACGCCGGGGCUUCAAUACCUUUGUCCUUCGACCACACUGCGGUGAAGCGGGUGAUCCGGACCAUCUGGCUGUCGGCUUCCUCUGCUGCCACAGCAUCAGUCACGGCAUCUUGCUGCGCAAGGUUCCCCUGCUUCAGUACCUUUACUACCUGAACCAGAUUGGUAUUGCCAUGUCGCCACUCAGCAACAACGCUCUAUUCCUUACAUACGACAAAAACCCUUGUGCUACCUUCUUCAAGCGUGGUUUGAACGUGUCCUUGUCCACCGACGAUCCUCUGCAGUUCGCUUUCACAAAGGAGCCUCUCAUUGAGGAAUACUCUGUGGCCGCUCAAAUCUACAAGUUCAGUGCUGUCGACAUGUGUGAAUUGGCCAAGCACUCCGUCGACCAGAGUGGAUUCGAGCUAUCCUUGAAGCAGAGAUGGCUAGGCUCGAACUGCAGCGCCCACGGCGUGGCUGGCAACAAUGUCGCGAAAAGCAAUGUCCCCGACAUCCGCGAAGCCUUUAGGCACGAGACUCUCCAAGCGGAAUUGUCACUAAUCGAGAGAUAUUCCGAAGGCGCUGGCGCCGAAGAAAGAAACAAGCAAGCCUCGGAAACCGUCCCGCAGUCCGGAUCUACUGAGACAGGUCAGCCUUUGACGGCUAGCUCCCACAGCCUCCGUCCCGAUGCAGCGACUACUCCUCAUAUGGCACCUGUGCCGGAGCUUUCCUCGUCUCCAAGCGGUAGUGUCCUGGGAGCCGACGGAUUGCCACAGCAAAAGAUUUUCCCUGGAAUUGUUCAUGAAACCAUUAGACGAGGAAGAAAACUCUCUCAGCUGUCUUUGGAUGGCAAUCAAUAA